UACACAACUGCUUCCCGUCUCCAUUCUGGUUAUAUCUCCUUGCCGGCAUUUUCUCCUAAAAAUUUCAUACUUUGUUUUAAAAAUAAGGAACUCGGAAAUGAGUGGGGACCAUACCCACAACGAUUCACAGAUCGAGUCUGGAUCUCGGGUUAAUGUCUGAGUGCCGAGAACACAAAGUGCAGAUCGCCGUGAUAUGGAGGCGACGCAUGGAGAAGCUGGGAGAUCCGAUACGUCUGCCUGUGGCAGGGUGUGAACAGGAUGCACACAAACACAAAGACAAACACAAGGACAAAGAACACCGGCACAAAGACCACAAAAAGGAGAAGGAGAGGGAGAGAUCAAAGUACAGCAACAGCGAACACAAGGACUUAUUGGAAAAGAAGCACAGAGACAAAGAGAAAGUGAAGCAGAAAGAUGGAGUGGACAGACACAAAGACAAAGAAAGGAGGAAAGAGGAAAAGAUGCGGUCCCUCGAUGGAAAACCCAAGAAAGAAAAGGAGAACGGCUUUGCCAGUCCUCCCCGCGUAAAAUCCGAACCAGACAACGACGGCUUCUACCACUCCCCAAAACACGAAAAGCUGCUGAAGCGGGAAAGGGAUGACAAUGAUUUGGAGUUCACACCCAAAAAAAUCAAAGUAGAAAACGACAAGAAGGCAAAGAAGAGGAAACUGGAGGAUGAAGAGGACAUCAAACCCAAGAAGAAAAGGAAAGAUAAGAAAGGGGAUGUGGCCGAUGGAAAGAAAAAAGGCAAGAAGGAGCCAGAGGAGAAGUGGAAAUGGUGGGAGGAAGAGAGGUAUACUGAUGGCUCUAAAUGGAGGUUCUUGGAGCACAAAGGUCCUGUCUUCGCCCCACCCUAUGAGCCCCUGCCUAACAAAGUCAAAUUUUACUACGAUGGAAAGCACUUCAAACUGAGUGAGAAGGCAGAGGAAGUAGCUACCUUCUUCGCCAAAAUGCUGGACCACGAGUACACCACCAAGGACAUCUUCCGCAAAAACUUCUUCAAAGACUGGAGGAAGGAAAUGACAUCAGAGGAAAAGGGAAAAAUUACAGACCUGAACAAGUGUGAUUUCAACGAGUUGAACGACUACUUCAAAGUGCAGUCGGAGGCCAGGAAGCAGAUGUCCAAAGAGCAGAAGCAGAGAUUGAAGGAGGAGAACGAGCGGCUCCUGCAGGAGUACGGGUUCUGCGUGAUGGACAACCACAAGGAGCGCAUCGCCAACUUCCGCAUCGAGCCGCCGGGCCUGUUCCGCGGCCGGGGGGACCACCCCAAAAUGGGCAUGCUCAAACGCCGCAUCCGGCCCGAGGACAUCAUCAUCAACUGCAGCAAGGACUCCAAACACCCCAAGCCACCGCCAGGUACAAAGUGGAAAGAGGUUCGCCAUGACAACAAGGUGACAUGGCUGGUGUCCUGGACGGAAAACAUCCAGGGAUCCAUCAAGUACAUCAUGCUGAACCCCAGCUCCCGCAUCAAGGGAGAGAAGGACUGGCAGAAGUACGAGACGGCACGGAGGCUGAAGAAGAGUGUGAGCCAGAUCCGGGCGCAGUACCGGGAAGACUGGAAAUCCAAAGAGAUGCGGAUCAGGCAGAGGUCCGUCGCUCUGUACUUCAUCGACAAGCUGGCCCUGAGAGCCGGAAACGAGAAGGAGGAGGGCGAGACCGCCGACACUGUGGGCUGCUGCUCGCUGCGCGUGGAGCACAUCAAACUCUACCCCGAGAAGGACGGCCAGGAGUUCGUGGUGGAGUUCGACUUCCUGGGAAAGGACUCCAUCCGCUACUACAACAAGGUCCCGGUGGAGAAGAGGGUCUUUAAAAACCUACAGCUGUUCAUGGAGAACAAGCAACCGGAGGAUGACCUGUUUGACCGCCUCAAUACCUCCAUCCUGAACAAGCACCUCCAGGAGCUGAUGGACGGGCUGACGGCCAAAGUGUUCCGUACCUACAACGCCUCCAUCACCCUGCAGCAGCAGCUGAAAGAGCUGACCAGCCCCGAAGAGAACAUCCCGGCUAAAAUCCUGUCCUAUAACCGAGCUAACCGCGCCGUGGCCAUCCUGUGCAACCACCAGAGGGCCCCUCCCAAGACCUUCGAGAAGUCCAUGCAGAACCUGCAGACUAAGAUUGACGCCAAGAAGCACCAGCUACUUGAUGCCAAGCGGGAGCUGAAGAGUGCCAAGGCGGACGCCAAAGUACGGAGAGACGAGAAGUCCAAAAAAAUGGUAGAGUCUAAGAAGAAGGCUGUGCAGAGGAUAGAGGAGCAGCUGAUGAAGCUGGAGGUGCAAGCCACCGAUCGCGAGGAGAACAAGCAGAUUGCCCUGGGCACCUCCAAACUCAACUACCUGGACCCCCGCAUCUCCGUGGCCUGGUGUAAAAAGUGGAAUGUUCCCAUUGAGAAAAUCUACAACAAAACACAGAGGGAGAAGUUUGCCUGGGCCAUUGACAUGGCAGAGGAAGAUUACGAGUUCUAAACCCCAUUUGCGAUUUUAAUUCUUUCCAUUGAAUUUUAAUAUUUUUUUAGCGCAUAACUGAUUCCAGUGGCGAGCGAGCCUGAAGGACAGAGAUGGAGGAGUAAAAAGGGGUUUAAAAAAACAAAGGAGAGAGGUUACCGUGUCACUGUACAGUGGUCUCUGUCCCCUCCCCCACAUUAUGACUGACCCCUCUGGGACCUGAUGCUGUCCCUGCCACCUUUGAACUCUGUGGUCCUGUAGCUACUGUAGUCAACAAAACUGCUUUUAUUUUUUAAUCGUUUUAUGAUUUUAUUCUCCAUUUUUAGCCCUUCCGAUUACUGAUGGAUUCUAUAUUUUAAUAGAAAAGUGGUAAAUUAAUGAUGUCCUUACGAUACACCCACGCCUUGUAAGAAAGCAAGAUUCGAGCCCCACUCAGUGAUGAACUGACCGUAAACGCUGUGUGUUUGGCUGAGCGCGUGAUGUGUUUAAAAAUGAAAUAAAGGUAAGAAAUGUUCAUUUUAUCUAAACUUUGAAUUGUGUGGAGUUCAGUCCAUGAGAUGAAUGAGGAUGCUGGGAUGUAGAAGAUGGUAAAACCAUAUUUAUAUUACUCUUGGCAGAAAGAAUGUGAAUUUUCAUUUGUUUUGUUCUGCAGUUUCUAUCAGGGACUUUUUUUCCUUCGGUGUAAAUGUGAACCAAUAUUUGUACUUUGUGUAGCCCAAAUCCUGUGAUCGUCCUUCUGCAUAGUUUGGAAUCUCCAUUCAGUUUCAACCCUUUUAUUUUUGACUUUUUCAAGCGGAAUGAACUCCCAUAUCUGUUACUUGAAGAAAUUGCUAAGUUAAUGUACUGUUGGGUAGGAGUGAAGAAACUUUUUUUUUCUUACAAAAGGUCAGAUGAAACCUAUUGGAGGAUAUAAUCUUUUGCCAAAAAAUGGAGAAAAAAAUUAAAUGUUACCAUUUUAGGACUUUUUUGUAACUGUAAAGAUUGAGGGAAAUAUCACAUUUUAUUUUUUCUCCUCUUAACCCCCCUCCCCCCCCUUUUUUUGUUGGAAGGAUUCUUAGCGUGGGCAAGUGUUGAUCCUGCAUUUCAUUGAACAUACUUUUACCAGUUUAUCAACCUCUCCUGCCAUAGCUUCCAAUAUUUUAAUUUGUUUUUAUUUUUUUCUUUAUUUCUCCUUGUAGGUUAUUUAAGAAUAAAACCCUACAACUUCUGA